AUGACUGACCGACGUCGGGUCAAUGGCCCAGCUGGCAACACCAGCACCCCAGUCUUUGCGCCUUCUUCACGGGCAUCCACGCCGCAGCCUCAGCGACUGAGAAAGCCAAAUGAAUUGCGCAAGAUUUUCCUUCAAACAGGGUUCAUACCAUCGGCCAGUGGUUCAGCAUAUCUCGAACUCGAAUCCCCGCCGACUGCAAAGGCAAACAAAUCCUCCGCUUCUUCCACCAUCAAGUUAUCGUGUGCCGUCCAUGGGCCAAAACCGCUCCUUAGGACUGCCUCGUUUUCGCCAAAUCUACAACUCUCAGCGUCUGUCAAAUUCUCCCCAUUCGCCACACGUAUCAGACAAGGCUACGUUCGAGAUUCCACCGAGAAGGACUUGGGAAUGCAUUUGGAAAAUGCGCUUAAGGGAGCCAUAAUACCAGAAAGAUGGCCAAAGAGUGGGAUUGAUGUUUCGGUCACUGUGCUUGAAGCCGAGCAAGAUCACGGAGUUGGGGAUCGUAUCACAGGAGUGGCUCUGUUCAAUGUGCUUGCGGGAUGCAUCAAUGUCGCCAUGGCAGCAAUUGCUGAUUCCAAGAUCGAUUGUCUUGAUUUACUGGCUGCCGGAGUAGGUGCCAUGAUUCCUGGACCAAAGUCGAGUCCGAUCAGAGUGUUGGAUCCUGCAGCUGCUGAGCAUGAAGAACUACUUUCAAUGUGUCUAGUGGGUGUCUUGUCAUCUCGGGAUGAGAUAGUCGAGAUUUGGUCUACGGGCUCCAUUGACCCCCAAGGUUCAGAAGGGGUUCUAGGAUUUGAUGAGUUGGUGGACAGUGCUGUUGCUGCUGCUCGCGGUGCACAGACAGUCUUGAAGGAAGUACUGCUCGAGGCCCUCACCAGAGAUUAUGGAACCAAGAAACAACUUGGCAGUGAAAUGAAUGAUGUCGAGAUGAAUACAUGA